UGGAAGGAGCCGCAGUCACUUAGAGCUGAGCGAGAUCGCAUGCAGGAUGCGGUAGCAAUUAGUGUCUAGGCUCUGAAGGCAGCAACAGCUGUAGCUGGGAAGAGAGGAAGAGAGACGGAGAGAGGAUUGCCGUGGGCUGAGAUCGGGGCUGCCUGCCGGCUUCCGAGGGGUACUCUGAUUCCAUCUCCAUCUGCAUCCCCUGGACCUGCUGGGGAGCCUAUCUCUCUUCCCACCCUGCCCCAAUCAGCUCCAGGAAUGUCCCCACACCUCCAGCUCAGGCUACCAACCCAGCCAUGAGAGGCCAGCAUCUGCCCAUUGAUUGACACAUGGGCUUCCGUGACUUCACAGAGGAGCCUUGUUCGGUUUCCUGGCAGACCCUGUCAAGCUGGGCCCAGCUGGGUGGCGCUCCGUGGCCUCCUGUCGCUUGGAUGAUAUUUUUCUCCCUUUUUGAAUCUAUAUAUAUGCACAUCCGUUUGGCAAAGCAGCAGACGAGCAAGACCAACGCAUCCUCCAUUCUCAGCAUUGCCCCACCACUCAGCCCUAUGCGUUCUCUUUUCUCUCUGGGCCUCUUCUGGAUGGUGUAAGACCUGCUGGAGGGCUGGCACGGAAGAGGAUGGGACGCGGCAGGCGUUCGGCAGGCAGCCUCAACUGAACCCGGGGCGGGGUGGCUGUUCAACAGGUGGCUUGAUAGCUCUCACAGGCUUGCGUGGGUCUCUCCACUCCUGAUCGCUUCCGAAGCAGCCCUGCCAUUGCUCCGGCCUCGCAGACCAGCCUCUCCCUCUCAACUGUGGUGGGGCUGUCCAAGGGUCACUGUUCAUCUGGUGGACCUCUCAGGAGGGGGGGAUAGGGAGGCGCAACUUCCGGCAGCUUCUCCAGUUGUUUUGGCAAACUGUGACAACUACGGUCAUUUGCCUGUGUCACAGCAAGCUCUCUUUUUUCCCUUAUCUUUAACCUCUUCCCCAAAUAUAUCUCUUUUCAACAGCGAUGCCGGCCCGGGGGCUGGCCAGGAGUCUUGCUUUGAUCCGUUCUGAAUUUUGUGGGCUCCCAAACCCGUGUGGGAUUUAGGGGCUGGGUGAGCCCACCACCAUCAACAUCACAACCAUCUUCUGCUCCCCCCGUUUUUUGCCAGUCUCUCCCCCCACCUUUCUACCUGUCUGUCUGAGGCAUGGAUCUCCUGCAAAAAAGCAAAUAUAAUCACCUGCGCAAUGACUCCCUCUCUUCCUUGGAAGAGGGUUCCAUGGCAGCAGACGGGGACUCCCCUGUGGACCCCCUCGUGGCUGCCUCCUCCUUGCCUAGCUCACUAUCCUCCUCCUCACUGAGCCCCAUGCUGCCACUGGGUGAGCUGUCGUCCGAAUCAGAGGACAGCCCCACAACCCUGUGCUCCUUCUUCCCCAAGAUGGCCAACUUGAAGCUCUCCAACCCGGCGACCCUCCUUAGCCUCCGUGCCUUUUCCAAGGAGGCAGGCGGCUCCGGGGAGCAUCUGCCACCGCCUCCUCCCACUGCCGUCGCAGCUUCUGCUCCCGUCCCGGACUCAGCGGGGACUGUUGGUCUCUAUUCCCAGGAUAUGAACAAACUGGGCUGCGGCAAGAAGAUGCGGGUGGAAGGCGGCCAGCUUGGCGGAGAUGAGUGGACUCGGCACGGCAGCUUCGUCAACAAGCCCAGCCGGGGUUGGCUGCACCCUGACGACAAAGUGAUGGGCCCCGGAGUCUCCUACCUCGUCCGGUACAUGGGCUGUGUGGAGGUGCUCCAGUCCAUGCGGGCUCUUGACUUUAACACGAGGACUCAAGUCACAAGGGAGGCGAUUGGCCUAGUCUGCGAAGCCGUGCCUGGUGCCAAGGGAGCUGUGCGCAGGAGGAAGCCCUGCGGCCGCUCGCUCAACACCAUUCUCGGCAAGAGCAAUUUGAAGUUUGCCGGCAUGCCGAUCACUCUCACCAUCUCCACCAGCAGCCUCAACCUGAUGGCGUCUGACUGUAAACAGAUCAUUGCCAAUCAUCAUAUGCAGUCGAUUUCUUUUGCAUCUGGAGGGGAUCCGGACACGGCUGAGUAUGUUGCCUACGUUGCCAAAGACCCUGUCAACCACAGAGCCUGCCACAUUUUGGAGUGCCCAGAGGGGCUGGCGCAAGACGUGAUCAGCACCAUUGGCCAGGCUUUCGAACUGCGCUUCAAGCAAUACCUCAAGAAUCCGCCCAAACUUGUCACCCCUCAUGACAGGAUGGCUGGAUUCGAUGGCUCCGCUUGGGACGAAGAGGAGGAUCCGCUACCUGAUCACCAGUACUACAAUGACUUUCCUGGGAAGGAGCCCCCUCUGGGGGGCGUGGUGGACAUGCGCUUAAGGGAUGGAGCUGCAGCGGCCCAGACGCCCAAUCACCUGGGAGCUACCCUGCCUGUUGGCCAGACGUCUGGUGGGGACUCCGAAUCCAGGAAGCUGCACACCGCCGCACAAGGAAGGGAUCGGGGCCCACCCAUCCGCACGGAUCUCUUUGACGACCCUUCCUAUGUUAACGUGCAAAACCUGGAGAAAGCACGGCAGGGGGGUCCGGGUGUCACCACCAACGGCAGCAUCCAGAGAGAUCUCUUUGACAUGAAGCCAUUUGAGGAUGCUUUGCGGGUGCCGCCCCCUGCUCCGCCGGCCCAGUUGGUGGCCUCCAUGGAGGAGCAGCUGCGCCGGGAGCCCUGGUAUCACGGCCGGAUGAGCCGCAAAGAAGCCGAGAAGCUGCUGCAGGCCAACGGGGACUUCCUCGUGCGGGAGAGCACCACCACGCCGGGCCAGUAUGUGCUGACCGGGCUGCAGGGGGGUCAGCCAAAGCACCUGCUUCUCGUUGACCCUGAAGGAGUGGUCCGGACGAAGGACCACCGCUUUGAGAGUGUCAGCCACCUCAUCAGCUACCACAUGGACAAUCGGUUGCCAAUUAUUUCGGCGGGCAGCGAGCUGUGCUUGCAGCAGCCCGUGGAGCGGAGAUCGUGAGAAGCAACGGGCCAGACACACCAUCCUAACCCUAUUCCACCCACCCCUGGAUUGUCGCCUCGCCUCUUCUGGCUGCUUCAACCUCGGCUUGUCCUGCCUUUUACGGGUGUUUUGCUCCCCCCCCCCCGGGUCACCUGUGUCACUGCUUAAGCAGGCAUUACCGGUGCCCUCCAGUGCAGCAAGAGGCCUGCCAUCUCUGCCAAAGUGUCUCCCUUUUGCCCCCCUGAGCUGGACCCCCCCCAGAACCCCCCUUUGGUAACACCAACCCCCUCACUUGUCGUCACUCACUCACUCUCUCUCCCCCCCCCAAAACCCUGGUGGAGCACUGCCCUGCCUCGCUGUGCAGGGCGCUAGUCCUCUACAAGGGUACUCGAGUCUCGAUUUCACACAACCCUUGCUGAAUUCCAUGCCGACAGCUUUCUCAGCUGCUGGCACAGGAGAACCCCAAAUUUCACCUGCCUGCUCCCCACCCCCAUAUCAGGUAACCUCAUCUGUCUGCUGCUGAGUCUUUCAAGCAGUGGGGCAGAAGUCUGUUCCUGUGUCACAGUGACCUAUUGAAUCUUUGUUCAACAGAUUCAGCUGAUAACCAAAGUCUCUAACUGUAUAUAUUUUUUUCUUUUGGGAGGGAGAGAAGGGAGGUGGGAGGGAAGCAAUAGCCUUUCUCCCCCCCCCUUUUUAAAGCACAAAAAAAGAGGGCAAGCCACCCCAUCCCCAGAUACGUAACCCUCCCUCACUUUACAUACUAAUUAACUGUGUGCCUUGACCCUUUUACAGGUCUGAGAUUUUAUGCAAAAUCCCUCUUGCUCUGGUGGCCUGUUUUGGUGGAGGAGGAGGGGGGAGUGAGAAGCAGGCUAUUUUUCUCUUCUCUCCCUGCGCUUCUCCAUCUACCACUGGCCCUAGGACCUGCAAAUCCCCCCUUUGUCAUGCCUAUUGGCAAAGAGCUCAGCUGCCUUAUGGGAAGUGGGGAGGCUUGCUCCAGGCUAUGCCCUACACUACAGUUCCUCCCCACACCCCAGCAGAAAGGACAGUUUUAGCAACUCCUCCAGGAGUUACGGGAUGCUUGUUCUUGAAGACCUUCCACAAGGAGGCGAUCUCGGGGUGGGGUGAGAGGCAAAGCUUUCCAGACCACCCAAAGGUCCCAGGGAGGGAGGGAAGUGGAGGGCUGAAGGGAGGGGUGUUAGAAGAAAGCCAUGUUUCUGUGCAGCACUGUCUGCACCCCCCCCCACUGGUCCCUCCUUUCUUUCCCAGGUCUGUACAUAAGUUUGAUAAUGUUAGUGUUGCAUGUACAUUGUUAUACUCCAGAAGCCAAAGUGUAGCCCACUCCCCAUGCCCCCAUUAUCACUGUGCCUGUCCCUCUACUCUGUGGGACUUCAUUUUCACUCCCCCCACCUUCCCCAAUCCUACACACACACUCGCACACUUUUUAUUGGUUUGAUUUUAUCUUGAUUAUACCAAAGGAACCCAAUGACGAUGAUUAAAAGUUGGUAUUUCUUUAA